GGUCGGGCCGGGUGGGGACCGCGGGGCUGCGGGAGGCCGCUGGCUGUGCCAUGGCGGGAAGGGCAGGCACAUCCGGGCUUUGUAGCCCAGCCGGCCCAGUUCUCCCGGCCCCGAGGCCGGGCACGGGUGGAUAAGGCUGUGAACUCAAGUUCCGUGACGGUCGGCCGGUGGCGGGAUCCCUGGGCUGCGCGAGCCUCAGUUUUCCCUCUCGGAGAGGCGGGGCCUCAGUGCAAGUUUGAGCCCCGCCCCAGCCGUGUUGUUUUUUCCGAGUUUGGGUAACGGAGGGCAAUUCAGAUGCAACGGUGGCGACUCUGCGCCCAGUUUGUUGCCUAGAGGCGCAAGCAUCAUUCUGUCUGCCUGUUCCCUGGGCGAUAAGACAGCGGAGGUGGCGGAGAAAGAGAUGGAUACCCCGGAUUCGGCCUCAAGAGUCUUCUGUGGCCGCUUCCUCAGCAUGGUGAAUGCCGAUGAUGUCAACGCCAUCAUCCUGGCCCAGAAGAACAUGCUGGACCGCUUCGAGAAGACAAAUGAGAUGCUCCUGAAUUUCAACAAUUUGUCAAGUGUGAGGCUGCAGCAGAUGAGCGAACGCUUCCUGCACCAUACACGCACCUUGGUAGACAUGAAGCGGGACCUGGACAGCAUCUUCCGCCGGAUCAGGACACUGAAGGGGAAGCUGGCCCGGCAGCACCCAGAGGCCUUCAGCCACACCCCUGAGGCGUCCUUCCUGGAGGAUGAAGAUGAAGACCCCAUCCCGCCCAGCAUUACCACCACCAUCGCCACCUCUGAGCAGAGCACGGGCUCCUGUGACACCAGCCCUGAUACUGUCUCACCGUCCCUCAGCCCUGGCUUUGAGGAUUUGUCCAACAUGCGGCCUGGCUCCCCUGUCAUCAACGGCCACAGCCAGAUAGAUGAGGAGGAGACCCAGGGCGAGUAGCCCCUCCCUCGAACCCCAGAAAGGUUCUUAGAGGUGGUGUCUGUCCCCAGGAGUCAUGAUUAGUCAGCUUUGCCGCUCCACUGACAUCUGGAGCUCCUUCCUGAGGCAAAAUCUCUAAUUCCUGCUCCUACUCCCCUUAGAAUGAGGCCCCUUCACCAUGCCAGGACACCCACCCCAGUCAGGACUGUGGGGCUGGGAACAGGGAUCUUUGCCAAGCUCAGCCUCAGGCUAGCUCUGAACAGUGCUUUUAAGGUUCCCUCAGACCAAAGCCAGAUGUCCCCCAUGUCCUUUUGGUGGGAAGUUUCAGUGUAGCUGAGACCCCAGUACUUUGUACUUGCUCAUCCUGGUACCCCCUCCCUUUCGUGGAGUGCUUUUUCUUGUUAUGUCAUGGUUUCUGGGACAGGUAGAUUUGACAUGGAGGCAGGGCAAGCCUCUUAUUCCUGAGCCUGGGGACUCCCUGUUUCUCUGAACAGAGCUGUGGACCCCAACAGUCCACCAGGCAUCUCCUGGGGCCUCCACAGAGCUGGCCAAGUCACUUAGAAAACAGAGUUUAGUGGAAUAUUUUUGUACCCGAUGUUUACAGAUGUCGUUGGGAAGUUAUCAAUAAAAAGACUCUGUUAUCAAAAAGGGAA